CGCCUUUUUGUCACUAGACGAGGUGGGUCCUAAGUGGCACAGUUGCGGAUAGGAGGAGUCCCGGAGGGGGCAGCUGCUUGGGGAGGGCCCAUGAGUUUCUUGGAUUUUUGCAGGGCCUGCUCUCUUCUCACCUGAAGGCAAAACUUCAGGAGAGUCGACAGGUGCCAGAGAAAGAUGAAUUCGAUCUUCAGCACAAGUCAAGGCAGCGACGCCGAGGCGGGGGCCUGGAGGGUGGCUGGGGGGCCCAGGAUCACCGCUCCGCCCCUGCGUGAUGGACUUUUGAUAGUUAAAGUGGAGGAAGAUUCACCCGGGGGUCAGGAGUCCGGCCCGCCAGGGGACUGUUGGGAUUCCGAAACUUGUCGGGAACAUUUUAGGCGGUUCCGUUACCAGGAGGUGGCCGGACCCGAAGAGGCGCUCAGCCGGCUCAGGGAACUUUGUCGUCGGUGGCUGAGGCCUGAGGUGCACUCGAAGGAGCAGAUCUUAGAGCUGUUGGUGCUGGAGCAGUUCCUGACCAUCCUGCCUCCCGAGCUCCAGGCCUGGGUGCGGAAGCACUGCCCCGAGAGCGGGGAGAAGGCUGCAGCGGUAGUGCGGUCUUUUCAGAGAGCGCUUGGUGAGACCUCACCCCAGGGUUUGGUGAAGGUCAAGGAUGUGGCUGUGUCUCUAACCUGGAAGGAGUGGGAGAAUCUAGACCCAGUUGAGAGGGACUUCUACAGGGAGAGCACACCGAAGGACUAUGGGAACACAGUCCCGCCAAGUUUGGAAACCAGAACUGAGAACAAAGAGUUGAUUCCAAAGCAAGAAAUUCUAGAAGUAGAGCCACAGGGGCAGCUACAGGAGGGAUCCCAGGGGACAGCUGCCCUGUUUUCCAAGUGUGGCGAUACACAUGAGGAGAGGGUAGAAAAGCAACCAGGAACCCCCUCAUCACUGAAACUUGAACAUUCUCCUGAAGAGCAAGGACUCACCAGCACCUCAGAUCUCAUGAAUGGUUACACAGAAGGGGGAGACUCCAAAAAUAAUGACUUUGGGAAUAAUGGCAGAAGUUCAAAUUUUGUUCUUUGUCAGAAUAGCCUGACAGCAGAGAGAUCCAUUAAUGGUGACGAAUGCGGCAUCAAGUGCAAACAGAGUCUGGAUCUGGUGAAACUUCCAGUGGUGAAACCUCACAGAUCUGUUGACACCGAGGAAAACUUCCAUAGUUUAGGCCUCUUUGAGACCCAGAGGCAGAUCCGUGAAGAAAGACCUUAUAAAUGUGGUAACUGUGAGAAGAGUUUCAAACAGCGUUCUGACCUCUUUAAACACCAGAGAAUCCACACUGGGGAGAAACCCUAUGAAUGCCAAGAAUGCGGGAAGAGCUUCAGUCAGAGUGCUGCCCUGAUUAAACAUCAGCGGACACAUACAGGGGAAAAGCCAUACACAUGUCCCAAAUGUGGGGACAGCUUCAGACAGAGCUCACAUCUCAAUCGGCAUCAAAGAAUCCACAUAGGAGAGAAAUACUAUAAAUGUAACGAAUGUGGGGAAAUCUGCCGCAUUUCCAACCGUUUUAGACAUCAGAGAAUCCAUAAAGGGGAGAGACCCUAUACAUGUGAAGAAUGUGAGAAGAGCUUCAAACGGUGCUCUGACCUCUCUAAACAUCAGAGAAUCCACACUGGGGAGAAGCCUUAUGGAUGUUCUGUCUGUGGGAAACGCUUCAGUCAGAGUGCAACCCUCAUUACACACCAGAGAACUCACACUGGAGAAAAACCUUAUAAAUGUCUUGAAUGUGGGGAAAGCUUUAGACAGAGUCCACACCUUAUCCGACACCAAAGGAUCCAUAGAAAUAAAGUCCCAUCAUUUUGACAUG